AUCAGUGCUAUGAAAGGUUGCGAUAUCUUUGAAGGAAGGUGGGUGAAGGACGACUCCUACCCGCUCUACCCUGAGGGAACAUGCCCUCACAUCGAUGAACCUUUCGACUGUUACCAUAAUGGCAGGCCUGAUCGCUCUUAUCAGAAACUCCGCUGGCAACCCAGUGACUGUCAAAUUCCGAGGUUGAAUGCGACUGAUAUGUUGGAGAGAUUGAGAGGAAAGCGGCUGGUAUAUGUUGGCGAUUCAUUGAACAGAAACAUGUGGGAAUCUUUGGUCUGCGCCCUCCGGAACUCUGUCAAAGAUAAAAGAAAGGUUUUUGAGGCAUCCGGUAGGGAAGAAUUCAGAACAGAGGGCUCCUAUUCCUUCGUCUUCGAGGACUACAACUGCUCCGUGGAGUUCUUCCGCUCGCCAUUUCUGGUUCAGGAGUGGGAGAUGCCAAUAACGAACGGGGAGAAAAGGGAGACGCUUCGGCUCGACAUUGUCGAGCGAUCAUCUUCCAAGUACAAAGAUGCAGAUGUCAUCAUCUUCAACACAGGGCAUUGGUGGACUCAUGAGAAGACCGCCAAAGGGAAAGACUACUACCAAGAAGGCAAUCACAUCUACAGUGAACUGAAUGUGGAGGAAGCAUUGCGGAAAGCUCUGAGUACGUGGGCAAAGUGGGUGGAUACCAAUGUGAACCGCGAGAAAUCCCUGGUCGUCUUCAGGGGCUAUUCCAACUCCCAUUUCAGCGGGGGGCAGUGGAAUUCAGGCGGGCAAUGCGACCAAGAGACGGAACCCAUCCAGAACGAUGAAUACCUCACAACAUAUCCAUCAAUGAUGACUCUGCUGGAAUCUGUGAUCAAGGGAAUGAAGACUCCUGUCUCGUAUCUGAACAUUACAAGAAUGACAGAUUACAGGAAGGAUGCUCACCCUUCCAUUUACCGUACGCAGAAUAUGACGGAGGAGGAGAUGAGAGAUCCAGAGAAAUACCAGGAUUGCAGCCACUGGUGCCUCCCUGGAGUGCCGGAUUCAUGGAAUGAGUUACUCUAUGCACAGCUGAUCAUCAAACAGCAUAAUCAACUGCUAUGACAAAUAGAAGCAAACUUGGGAAGGAGAUCAAUCAAACCAAAGAGGGGAUCAAAAAGUGG